CCCCCCUCCUCUCCUUGUCUCUACAGAGAAAAGGUGCCGCGCAGGUUCCGCUUCGGCUCGUCAUUCAGCCGCCCCGGUCUCCUCGCCGAGGGCCGACGCCGCUCCCCUCCCCCUCCUUCCCUUCCCCCCCUCCCUUCCCUUCCUUCCGUCGGUCCGUCAGUUGGGGUUGGGCGCGCGCCCAAGCCUCGUCCCCCCUCGCGCUUCCCUCACGAGCGCCUCGGAGCGGGACGGGUCCCGGCCUCCCUCCUCAUUCCCCGGCCGGCGUGAGCGAGCCCGGGGAGCGGCCUCUAUACCUUCGCGCGCGCACAUACACAUUACCCGGCUGCCGCUGCCGCCGCCGCCGCCUCCUCCGAAGCCAUGGCGGCGAGCGCCAAGCGGAAGCAGGAGGAGAAGCACCUGAAGCUGCUGAGGGAGAUGAGCAGCCUCCCGCCCAACCGCAAGUGCUUCGACUGCGACCAACGCGGCCCCACCUACACCGACAUGACGGUGGGCAGCUUCGUGUGUACCUCCUGCUCCGGCAUCCUACGAGGUUUAAAUCCACCUCACAGAGUGAAGUCCAUUUCCAUGACUACAUUCACACAGCAAGAAAUAGAAUUUCUGCAGAAACAUGGGAAUGAAGUGUGUAAACAGAUCUGGCUAGGAUUAUUUGAUGAUAGAUCAUCAGCAAUUCCAGACUUCAGAGAUCCUCAAAAGGUCAAGGAAUUCUUACAAGAAAAAUAUGAAAAGAAAAGAUGGUAUGUUCCACCAGAACAAGCAAAAGUUGUGGCAUCUGUCCAUGCAUCUAUAUCUGGCUCCUCUGCUAGUAGUACAAGUAGUACUCCAGAAGUCAAGCCACUUAAAUCUCUUCUGGGAGAGUCUGCACCGGCACUGCACUUAAAUAAGAGCACACCUACACAAUCUCCUGUUGUAAAUCGAUCUCAAGGACAGUCACAAGAAAAGAAACAGUUUGAUCUACUCUCUGACCUUGGUUCAGACAUAUUUGCUGCUCCUGCUCCUCAUUCCACAGCCACAGCGAAUUUUGCUAAUUUUGCACAUUUCAACAGUCAUACAGCGCAGAACUCUGCAAAUGCAGGUUUUGCAAACUUUGAUGCAUUUGGACAGUCUAGUGGUUCGAGUAAUUUUGGUGGUUUCCCCACAGCAAGUCAGUCUGCUUUUCAGCACCAAAAUACAGCGUUCAGAACGCUUUCAUCUAGCUGCAGUUUUGGUGAAUUUACUACUUCCGCUUUCCCUCUCCAGGCUGUGCGCAGUAAGUUCCACCAAGGUGGGAGCGCUGGAUCAGUGAAUGCUAACUUUGCUCACUUUGAUAACUUCCCCAAAUCCUCCAGUGCUGAUUUUGGAGCCUUCAGUGCUUCUCAGAGCAACACAACUGCAGCCAGUAAAGCUGCAGUGAAUAAACCGAACCUCCAGUCAGCAGAUAAAUAUGCAGCUCUUGCUAAUUUAGAUAAUAUCUUCAGCACAGGGCAAGGUGGUAGUGAGCCAGGAAGUGGCUUUGGUGCUGCCCAUACAGUGCCAGCAGGUCCCGCUGUGUCAGCCCCAAGGCAGCCAAGUGCAUCUUCAGACAAUAAUGCUUUUGGAACAGUGCCAGUGGGUGCUAAUACACAGACACAGCCUGCGUCAUCAAGCGUUCCUGCUCAAUUUGGAGCAACACCAUCCACAAAUCCAUUUGUGGCUGCCCCUGUAGCCGCAGUAGCACCUUCAACGAACCCAUUCCAAACCAAUAGCAGAGCAGCAACAGGCCUCUCAGGAGCAAUGCACUCUCAUAUAUUUCCUCAGGCUCACUUUGCAGCAACAUUUGGCACAGCAUCCAUGAGCAUGCCUGCAGGAUUUGGAACAACUGCCUCAUACAGUCUUCCUACUAGCUUUAGUGGUAACUUCCAGCAGCCUGCAUUCCCAGCCCAGGCAGCCUUUCCUCAGGCUGCUUUCACUCAGCAACCAAAUGGAGCCGGCUUUGCUGCAUUUGGACAGGCAAAACCAGUAGUAACCCCAUUUGGGCAAGUUACAGCUGUUGGAGUAUCUAGUAAUCCUUUUAUGGCAGGUGGACCAGCAGGGCAAUUUCCAACAGGAAGCUCAUCAACCAAUCCUUUCUUAUAGCCUUAUAGACACUUUACCUAAAAGAACUCUUAUGUGAUCACACAACAUCUCUGCGCCUCUUGCACUGUUGUCUUGUUUCACUGAUCUUAGCUUUAAACACAAGAGAACUCUUUCAAAAAAAAAAAAAAGCCUGCAUUGUGUAUUAAAACCAAGAAACACCAGGUAAUGUGCAAAACAGGGGCCAUGGAAACAUCCUUUUAUCUGUGCGUUGGCAGGAGAAUGUUAAUGGUAUCAUGUAUUUUAAAAUUGGCUAAUAAGUUAUUGCAGAUACCACAUUCAUUAUGCUGCAGUACUGUACAUAUUUUUUCCUUAGGAAUUAGUUAUUUGUGCAUAUCAGUAUUUGUAACUUUUAACACAUUGUUAUGUGAAAAACGUUACUGGGGGAAAUAGAUCAGUCACUUUAAGGUGCUGUCGUAUCUCUUGGAAUGAAUGGCCUACAUCAUUUUAACCAUUGCUGUUUGGAGUUAUGAGUUCCAAAUUGAAGGUUUUAUUCAUUUCUUGAAGUGUUUUUCCUUUCCUAAAGAGCUCUUCUAUUUAUACAUGCCUAAAUUCUCUAUAAUGUAGAGGGAUACCUGUCUGCAUAAUAAAGCUGAUCAUGUUUUGCUACAGUUUGCAGGUGGAAAAAAAAUAAAUAUUAGGAAAAAAG